GCGGUGCCGCAUUGAUACGAGAGGUUACAUUGAAAAUUACUUGCACAAAUAUGUGUUUGUAUUACUCCAAGUUAGCCAAACGUCUCCGGUCAUGGCCAAAUGAUGUAUCAUGUAAUAUAUUUCGGUCCCAAGUCCACUAUCAGCCUCCUGAGAAUUCUUCAGACAAUCGCAGUGAGUCGGGCGCCUUAGUUCGCAAGUAUUCGCGGACUAUACGCCAGAGUCCCCCUGACCAUGUCAUCUACACGAAUAUACCGAGUCACAUCUGGUAGCAAAGGUUCGACUGUCACGCAUCACAAGGGUCUUGAAGUAUGAAGAAUAAUGAAUUUAUCGCAGAUUACAUUGACAGGAUAACCGAAGUCUUAGCCCAAGCCUUCCAGGAUGAUCCCCUCUAUGCAUGGCUGUUCCACCACUUGCCCCUCGCUGAACAUGAAGAUCUGCUUCCUAAACUGUUCCGCGGCUACUUCAAGCAGAGCUCACUAAACAACAGCAUGUUCCUCGAGGUCGACGGCUUCGGUUGUUGUGGUGUUCUCAUGCCGCCGGGCGCGAACAUCAAGAACCCGCGAACACUGCUACGAGCAGGACUUGUUCCGGGCUUAUUCACCAUAGGGCCGAGAACGUUCAAGCGAGCGUUUUUCGAUUACGGAAGCGGGGUCGAGCCUAUGUUACACAAGGCUUUUACUAAAGAAGAACAGAAAAGUCACUGGUAUGUCUUCAUGAUGGGGACAGCGGUGGGCAGGCGCCGCCAGGGCCUCGCAUCGGCGAUGCUCAGAGAUAUAAUAGAUCGAGCCGGGAGGGACAAGCGACCAGUCUGGCUCGAGGCCACAACUAGAGAUUCUCUGCGGCUUUACACACGCCACGGGUUCCAAACUAUCGGUGAAGUGGUGUUGGGGAAAGGCGUCGUCGACGCAGCGGGCUUACCAAGGAAAGGCGGACCUGGUGUGACGAUCUGGUGCAUGUGUUGGCGACUGUGAAUAUGGAAUCAUCGUCGUUCUACUUCGCCUAUGAUCAGUCACGCUUGAUUAUUUCCUUAUUGGUGGUCUGAUACAAAAGCGAUCAACGACGAGAGUACCGUAAGAAACGCUGUACAUAUGCUAUCUCUAGAGAUAGAUCCUAGUACCUCACCAACAUUUCUCCCCCUUAACAUCCGAU